GUGCGCGCAACUCGCUGCCAUGUCUCUGUCCACAACCCUGCACACUGCGACCAUCUAGACGUCUGACUUAUUAUCCUAAAGAUGUCAAAGUACAAACUAUUCCUGUUGCGGCAUGGGGAAGGAGCCUGGAACAAGGAGAACCGCUUCUGCAGCUGGGUGGACCAGAAGCUGAGCGAGGCCGGUGUGGUGGAGGCCCAGGAGUGUGGGAGGCUUCUGAAGGAGCAGGGCUACAAGUUCGACCGCGUCUUCACCUCUCUGCUCAGCCGCUCCAUCCAGACGGCCUGGCUGGUCCUGGAGGCCAUGGGCCAGGAGUGGAUCCCCGUCACCAAGUCCUGGCGGCUCAACGAGCGCCACUACGGUGCGCUGAUCGGCCUCAACCGGGCCGAGAUGGCCCUGAACCACGGCGAGGAGCGGGUCAAGUUGUGGCGGAGGAGUUAUGACAUCACCCCGCCGCCCAUUGAUGAGUCACACCCGUACUUCGCCGAGAUCUACAACGAUCGGCGCUACAGUACGUGCGACGUGCCCAAGGAGCAGCUGCCGCGAGCUGAGAGCCUGAAGGAGGUGCUGGACCGGCUCCUGCCGUACUGGAACCAGGUGGUCGUCCCAGAGAUCAAGAGCGGCCACACCGUGCUCAUUUCGGCACAUGGGAACAGCUGCAGAGCCUUGCUCAAACACUUAGAAAAUAUAUCGGAGAAGGACAUCGUCGGUGUGACGUUACCCACCGGGAUUCCUGUGUUACUGGAGCUGGAUGAGGAUUUGAAGCCAGUGAAGCCGCGCCAGCUCCUAGGAGACCAGGAGAAGAUCCAGGCAGCUAUCAAAAAGGUGGAGGAUCAGGGGAAGGUCAAUGCGCCCAAAUAAGGGCCAGCACAGGAAGUACAGAACUCUGACCGCUCCAGAAGCAGGGUUGUCAGGGUAACUGUUGUUUGCAGGGUAUCACCAGGGAAGGCCACACCUUUACUCAUAGAGGCUAUUGAUUAAGAUUACCAUAGAUAGUAGGAGGCACAUUAAAGAGUGUAGUGUAGGUUAACGGUUUGUUAUUAAUGGCUAAAUUCGAUCUAACACAAUCCAUGGUUCAGAUACAAUAGAGCUUGUGUCUUUUGGAAAAGAAAUGGAGAAUUAGUAAGAAAUUACACCCUUCUUUUUGUGUGAUGACUGCACACCUCCUGAUUGAAUGGACUAAAUGUUGCUGUUACGUUUCUGUUAUGUUUCUGUAGCUAAAUGUUAUGUUUGUGUUUGCCUUUCCAGUUAGUGUAAGUACUGUAUGCAUCAAACGUGCCAUGUUGUGUAUUGAAAUAGUUUGUGAUUGGCUCUUCCUGAAGCAAAUUCGAGUACUAUAAAACACUCCUGAUACUGUUCCUUAGCAUACAGCAUUAUAUCUCCCCCUGAAACCUGUGAGGAGAGUAGCGCAGGAAGUGUCAUAAUGUCAGUGGAUUGACACAGGAAGUGAGAUAAGUGAGAGGAGAAAGAGAAACUGAGCACUGGUGGGUUUAUUAAGGGAAUUAACGAGAGGACCAGAGGUGCCUUAUGUUUAAGCCAAUGAGAGACCUCUAUCUGUCUUAUGUUUAAGCCAAUGAGAGACCUCUAUCUGCCGUCUGUCAUGCUGAUUGGAUGGUCAGCUGACUCACAAAGGGAAAGUACAUGUGUGGAACACACUGUUACAGCAAGAUGAGCGCAAGUAUAAGCCCCAUGAUGCUUUGCACAUGCAACUAACAAAGCCCCCACCCCACAUCACCUCUGUGUUUUGUAGCUACUGUAGGCUGGAAGGCUAAAUCUAAACUCCAAGUGGUGUAUAUUUUUUUUUAUUGUAACUCUGUAUUAGAGUGAGUAUAAGUACUGUAUGCAUUUGGGCAUUCGUAGCUGAUAAGCUGUUGCAUGCAUGUAUGCGCUAUCAUCUCAGCUAUCAUCCAUCAGCUAUCAAGCUAGGCUAAAGCUAACAAGCAAGUAUCAAAGGGCAUAUACAUACUGAUCUUAUGGUGGCAGACUUGUCAAGCUGCAUGUUCAAUGAACGUUGGUGCCCCUAAAUAUUUAUAUCAUCUAACAUUUAAAUGAAGUUUUUAGGUAAAAACACUGAACAAGCCUACAUUACCUCAUGGAGUUAGACAGAAGAGAUCAUUCAUUCCAAGCUGUAUGGUGAACAUAUUUCCUGCAUGACGUACAAAAAAAGAAAAAAGAAACAAAGCUAUUCCUUCUCACCUGAACAAACAAAACCAAGCUUUUUACUUUUUGGAUGAAUCAAACUUGAGAAAUUAGAGUGGGUGGUAUGAGGUAAUUUAGCAGCACUGGUAAUUUGCACUGGUAUAUAUUUCCCUUGUUUUUACUGCUGGUUUGACAUUGCAUAGAAUGUGGAAUAAUGAUUUUAUUAGAAACAGCAUUACUACCCUUGUUGAAAAGUUACUGAAAAUAUGGCACUUUUUAAAAAUAUUUAUUUUUGCCCAGGACCCUAUAUCUGUAGCAGAGAAGUGAAGAAGUCCAAAAGUGACCCUGUGUAAAGAGUGUCUAGUUAACACAGGAGUGUUGAUAGUUAACACAGGAGUGUUUGUCACCAUGAAUUGCCUCAGAAUACAUCAGUUCUGCUGUGCAUUUUACACUGUAAAUGAGGCCUAUGUUACUUUGAGUAUUUUAAGUUUGUCUAUUUAUUAAGUUGUUGUCAGUUGUUUAGGUAUGCAUUAUCUACAUGCAAGUAUAUGUUGUAUUUAUUGUGUAAGAGCACUAAACAGAAAUGUGUUUUUAUUAGGGCUGUCAAAAAAAUGUGUUAAUUUCGAUUAAUUAAUUACAGAAAGAAUAACGUGUUAACGCUGAUUAAUCACGAGGUCAAAGGUCACAGACCUUUGACCUCGUGCAGUCUUGGCUACAGUAACUGAAGGAGGCAGAUGAGAAAGCGCUGAUUGGUCCAGUGACUGGAACAUGUAGCUUACGUUUAGAAAAAUGCCCAGAUGGAGCUGUUGUGACUGGAACAUGUCGCCUACGUUUAGAAAAACGGCCAGAUAGAGCUGUUGACAAGAGCAUGUUUUCUGCGAUUCAGUGAUUUCUGCAGUAAGGAAUUUGCGUAUCAUAGGAGUUUGUCAAGUCUGAAGCAUCACCUCAACCCAAAGGUAGAUUAGGAGUUAGCACAAACCCGCUGAUAAUAAUACAUAAUGCUAGCCGCCAGCCUUGUCAACGUUAACUUGCAAAUGUAUUGUUUUUAGGCUCCAUAACAGACCGACUAACUGCCGACCUUCCUUACUAAAUCGUCUGCAUUACCUCGGUGUUAGGGUAGCCUACUGCACACGUCAGCGAGUGGAAACUUGAGUCAUUUGCAUUUGCAUUUACAUGCUAAAAAAAACAUCUUCCGAGAAUCGUGAAACAUUAGGUCUACCUUAUCAGUAGGCCUUCGCCUCCACAAGAAAAGCAAGUUCAUUGUGUAGGCCCCUACAAGGAGAACAAGAUGAGAAGUAGGCUAUUUACAAAGGCAAAGUCAAAUAUAAAUAUAUGGCGACUCUAGGUAAAGCUCUAGAGUCACCAAAAACACCUGAAACUGAAGCUUUAAAGUCUGUAAUGUUGGUUUGGCUUUCCAUUGAUUCACUAAUCUACCACAUUUUUAAUUUAAAUAUUUAAAAAAAUAUGUUCAUAGCAAAAAUGAAUGCAUGCGAUUCAUUUAGAUUAAUUAUUCACAGAGUAUGUAAUUAAUUUUAUUUUUUUAAAUCGCUAGACAGCUCUAGUUUUUAUAUAAUAAUUUAGGAGCUUUGUUACUUUCUGUGGUCCGAAGUAAUAUUAUGUGUAGGCUAUUGUAAAAAGUGAAAGCGCUUAAGGCUGAACUAUGACUUAAUUAGCUUGUCACUGUGGACAUUGCAAAUGAAUGACUGGGAAGUUCCUUAUGAAUUUAAUGAAGUAUGAGUAAAGGUCAUGAAUAAAUUGGUUUUGAGAAAUUAAACCAUAGAGAUAGACAUGGUGGACUGAGUAAAGCUAUGCAGUGUUUCCUAACCAUAUGUUGCAACCCAUAAUGCAUUUGUAAAUGAAAUAACUGAAGAGAAAUUAAACCAUAGAGAUACAUAUGGUGGACUGAGUAAAGUUAUGCAGUGUUUUAUAACCAUAUGUUGCAACCCAUAAUGCAUUUGUAAUGUAUUUUGGCUUCUAUCAUACAACUUAUGUAGAAGUGAGCACAGUAGUACUGUAUCCUAUAGCUCAGGUCAAAUUUUCUAUAGACUCUAAAUGAGCUCAAACCUUAUUCUGCCAGAGCGUCCUCCUCUCACGCUCUACACAUUUGCAACUACAAUGUCAUGACAGGGACACUGUGAUGUUUCUCAUGCAGGGAAAAUGUCAUUAAAAGGCUCAAAAAGAA